AUGUCAGACACGACUGUGGACACCAGCUCCGAGAUCACCACCAAGAACUUAAAGGAGAAGAAGGAGGUUGUGGAGGAAACAGAAAAUGGAAGACAUACAACCACUAAUAGGAACAUUAAUGAGGAAAAUGGGGAACAGGAGGCUGACAAUGAGGUAGAUGAGCAAGAAGAUGGGGAGGAGGAGGAGAAAGAGGAAGACGGUGAUGGUGUUGGUGAGGAAGAAGAUGGAGAUGAAGAUGAGGAGGCUGAGGCAGCUACGGGCAAACAGGCAGCUAAAGAUGAUGAGGAUGAUGAUGUUGACACCAAGAAGCAGAAGACCACCGAUGAGGAUGACUAG